UGGUUGGUUAGAGAUUCAGUUGGCUUUGUGCGCGUGCUGCGUUCUGUUGUGGUGCUUUGUGGUGCUUGACUAUUGAAAAUUACCUCCGCACAACGUCCCCGACGAAAACGAAGAACGAGCACACAAAAUAAUACAAAUCUGCUACACGCCGCUACAGACAAUAAAUACUAAAUAACAAAAAAAAAAAAAAAAGUGGAGAAGAAUAAUUACACGUUUUUUUCACGAUUUAUGUACGUGCAUGUGUAUGUGUGCAAUUGAUUGGCAAGCAAUAUGCGAACAUAGUAGCGAUUACAACUUUGUGAUAACUCUCUUUUUAUAUUAAUAAUUGUGUUUGUUGUUGUUUUUGGUUUUUGUCGGAUUCUGACACAAUUAACUGCCAUUAUUAUAUUAUAUUUAUCGAUUAUUUGAUAAAUUUGAUAAAAAUUUAUAAGAUUCGCAUAAGCAAUAUUGGUUAAUUUGUAUGAGCACAUUACUUUCCCGUUAAUGAAAGUGAUAAGUGCAAUAUAAAAUUACACGAAAGAAAAAAAUAAGGAUACUAAGUAUAUGUAGUAAAUAAAUUAUACGUAAAGUUUGUGAUACAAUUGCGAAAAAGUGAAAUUUGUGCCGUACUGUGUGGAGCACAAGAAAAAAGUAUUAAACUUAACUGUAAAUAAAUUAUUGUCAUAAAUAAUAUUAAAUAAUGAACCGGACUAGAAAAAAGAUUGAACGUCCAAAAAAUCCAUAUCCAACGGUAAAUUUGCUCUCACGCUGGAGUUUCUGGUGGAUGCGCGAUAUCUUCCGUUUGGGUUUGAAGGGUCCGCUAAGAGAGGAGGAUUUAUAUCAGAAUCGUGAAUCGUUAGAUAGCGGAAGGCUCACUGAUAAGUUCAGCAAGCUGUGGGAACAGGAACGUAUGCGCAAGAAACCCAGUAUUUUGCGUGUGAUUGGACGUGCCUAUGGAUCAGUAUUUUUGCCGCUCGGCGUGCUUUAUUCCAUCACUGAAUCGAUUUGCAAAGCCAUACAACCGCUGUUGCUAGGCGGUCUGGUCGCCUACUUUGUCGAAGGUCAGACAACAACAACCGAAUUGGACGCUUACAAACUCGCCGCCGGAAUUGUGCUAUGUUCUGUGAUACCAGUUUUUACGUUUCAUCCGUUUAUAUUUUACAUAUUUCAAGUGGGCACUAAAAUAAGAAUCGGCCUAUCGGGUCUAAUAUAUCGCAAAUGCUUGCAAAUCUCGAAAAAUGCCAGUAACGAUGGGUUACGCGGUCGUGCCAUAAAUAUACUUUCAAACGAUGUGGGUCGCUUUGAUGUGGCGCUGGCCUUUCUGCAUGAUCUGUGGAAGGGACCAACCGAGUCGAUACUUAUCGGCUAUCUUAUGUAUCGUGAGAUUGGUAUCUCAGCAGUUAUUGGCGUGGCCUUCAUGUUGAGCUUUAUACCCUUACAGGCUUAUGUCGGCAAGAAAGCGGCCUAUUACCGACGUAGAACUGCCGAACGUACGGAUUUGCGCGUAAAGUUGAUGAAUGAAAUUAUACAGGGUAUACAGGUGAUCAAAAUGUAUGCUUGGGAGAAUUCGUUUGCCAAACUUAUAGCGGAUAUACGAUAUAAAGAGGUGCGCGCCAUCAAGGGUACCUCGUAUAUACACGCGGCGCUCAGUUGUACCUCUAUGAUAUCACCGUUAUCAGUUUUUCUCGCCUUGGUUUCGUACAUUUAUCUCGGCGACUCGUUGACGGCGAAACGCGUGUAUACGGUAUCUUCCUAUUUCAACAUGUUGAACGAUUCGAUGGUACACUUUUGGCCAUUGGCGAUCACAUUCGUAUCAGAGGCAACGGUAUCGGCGAAACGUGUGCGCGAAUUCCUACAAGAUGGCGAUGCGGCCACAACGCCCGUAUUGAAAACUGAUAAGAAACAUUUGACGAAGAAGUACAACAAUGAGAAGAAUGAGAAAGUUGAGCUUAAUGGCAACGUGAGUGAAGGAGAGAAUUUCGGCGAACUUGCCAACGGACGUGAAAUACAUCCGCACGCGGAACGUAAGGGCGUCGAGAUACGAAAUGUUAGCGCUACAUGGGAUGCAGAUACACCGACGGAUGGAAAGGGAAACGUCGCACUUUCGGAGCUAAAUGUGAAAAUUGGUGAGCGCGCUUUGGUAGCCAUCGUGGGUCCUGUUGGUGCGGGCAAAUCGACUUUAUUAAAUGCACUGUUGGGUGAGGUUAAAAUUAAUUCCGGACAAAUUGUGAUCAACGGCGGAUUAUCGUAUGCGGCGCAAGAACCUUGGGUUUUCGAGGGCACUGUACGCGAUAAUAUAGUGUUUGUGGAUUCGUACAAUGAACGACGUUAUAAGAAAGUCAUAAAAGCAUGUGCAUUGGAACGUGAUUUGGAGCUGAUGCCGAAUGGUGAUUUAACAAUUGUCGGUGAGCGUGGCGUUAGCUUGAGUGGUGGACAAAAGGCGCGCGUUAAUUUGGCACGUGCAAUUUACCACAAAGCAGACAUAUAUCUGCUGGACGAUCCACUUUCAGCUGUGGACACACACGUUGGAAAACACAUAUUCGAACGUUGCAUUACCGAGUUUCUCUAUGAUAAGAUAGUCAUAUUGGUGACUCAUCAACUGCAAUAUCUUUUCGAAGUGGAACAGCUGAUACUCAUGAACUCGGGCCGCAUUGAGGCACAGGGCAGAUAUCAGGAUUUGCAGAAAAAUGAAAAGUGUCAGUUCCUAUUGAUGCAAGCGACGUAUGAGAUACCUAAUGAAGAUGCCGAUACAACAGAUGCGCUUAGCGUAGAUAGUCGCAUGUCGCGCAGUGAAUCGGAGAAGAGCAUGGAGCAUCAUCAGCUGCUGCAUGCGGAUGAAGCACCAGUCGAGGAUAUACACCAAGAGCAACAGGCCGUAGGUUCUGUGAAAUUGGAUGUCUACAUGUCAUACUUCAAAGCCUUAGAAAGUCCCAUACUACUUCUGAUAAUCGUAGCAUUAUUUAUUUGCGCGCGAUUUAUGCUCACUGGUGUCGAUUACUUUUUGUCUAGAUGGGUUAUUUGGGAAGAAAAAGUUUCGAUAGCCAAUGCCACGCCCAUGAGCAGCGUGCAAGAAAGUAAUGUCACCUUAUCGGCAAACGACACUCUGAGCAAUCAUACCACCGUACGUAGCGUGGAAAAUGAGGAAGCAGUGCGUCAGGAGUUGGUCAUUUUCUAUGCAAUUAUACUAGGUUCCACAAUGGUUGUUUACAUACUGCGUACAUUCGGUUUCUUCCGCAUGUGUAUACGUAUAUCGCUCAAACUGCACGAUCGUCUCUUCCGCGGCAUCACACGCACAAGCAUGUAUUUCUUCAAUGUCAACUCAUCUGGCAGAAUACUAAAUCGUUUUGCUAAGGAUAUACGCACUGUGGAUACCGAUGUGCCACAUACAUUAUUGGACUGUAUAGCGUUUGCUAUUGACAUCUCUGGCGUGCUGAUAAUAGUAGCCAUUGCCAAUUAUUGGUUAUUAGUGCCGGCAGCAUUUAUUGUCGCUUUCCUCUUUCUAUUCCGUUACAUCUAUGUGAACACCAGUCGUAGCGUUAAGCGCAUCGAAUCUAUUACACGUAGUCCAAUAUAUUCCUUGACCAAUCAGACAUUUCAAGGACUUAGCACGAUACGCGCUUUAAAAGCUGAAUCGGCACUGGAUGCGGAAUUUCACGAUUACAUGAAUGGCAACACAUGCGCCUGGUUUCUGUUCAUCUCCUGUACACGCGCCUUUGCGCUGUGGUCGGACUUCUUGUGCGUACUCUACAUUGCAGCGGUGACUUUCAGUUUUCUCGUCUUACACAAUCAGUUCAAUAGCGGUGAUGUAGGUUUGGCCAUAUUACAUUCGAUGACCAUGAUCGGUAUGUGUCAAUGGGGUAUGCGACAGACGGCGGAAUUGGAAAACGAUAUGACCAGCGUGGAACGUAUACUCGAGUAUACGCAACAGCCACAAGAACCGCCGCUACACACAGAGCCGAGCAAGAAACCGAAAGGUGAAUGGCCCAGUGAAGGACGCAUUGAGUUCCAAGACUUGAAAUUGCGUUAUUCGCCAAAGGACUCGUAUGUGCUGAAAGGCUUGAAUUUUGUCAUAGCACCACAGGAGAAGAUCGGUAUUGUUGGUCGAACUGGUGCGGGAAAAUCUUCCAUUAUACAAUCACUCUUUCGUUUGGCCUGCAAUGAGGGUGCGAUACUCGUGGACGGUGUUGAUAUCGAGCAACUUGGCUUACACGAUUUGAGAAGUAAAAUAUCGAUAAUACCACAAGAUCCUGUAUUAUUCUCGGGUACUCUGCGCUAUAAUUUGGAUCCCAUGGAAGAGCGCACUGAUGCGGAAGUGUGGAAGGCAUUGGAAGAUGUGGAAUUGCGUGGACAUGUGUCGACACUGAUAGGCGGUAUUGCGUGUCGCAUGUAUGAUGGUGGUGCGAAUUUCAGUGUGGGUCAACGGCAACUGGUUUGUUUGGCACGCGCCAUACUCAGGAACAAUAAGAUACUUAUAUUGGACGAGGCUACGGCUAAUGUGGAUCCAGAAACUGAUAAACUGAUACAAAAAACUAUUCGCACCAAAUUUGCCAAAUGCACAGUGUUAACAAUAGCCCACCGUCUGCACACCGUAAUGGACACUGAUCGUGUUUUGGUCAUGGAUGCCGGACAAAUGGUGGAACUGGGCCAUCCAUAUGAACUAUUGCAGCAACCGAACGGUUUUCUACGACAAUUAGCCGAACACACUGGUAUCGCUAUGACGAAUUUGUUGAUGAAUGCAGCCGAGGAGAGUUACCAACAAAAGAAGAAAGAUUUAUAAGCAGUCACAUACGAUACCUAACAUUUGCAAUUAAAACACCAUUAAAGAAUUUAUUGUGAUAAAUUUAACUUUUGUAACUAGCCACUGAUUGUUUACAAUCUCGAAAAACGAAUUUUGUACUUACGCAUUAUAUUAUAUUAAAAAAAAAUGUCUUAAAUGAACUACGUAACUUAUGCUUUGAUACUUAAAAUAUGUAAACGUACAUAAAUAUUGUAUUUACUCUGAAAAAUAUACGCGUAUCUAGUUUGUAUAAAUAAUAAAGAUUUUCGUAAACAAUUUUGUAAAAAAUAAA